AGAAGGCGCUGCUCACCUGCUGACUGUUGUGUGUGCGCGCCUUCUCCACGGAACAAAAGUCAUGGCCUGGGUUUACAAUGUCAUUCUUUCAUUUAUUAAUACACUUUAAUAAAAUUAAUCUGUUGGAGAUUGAUAGUUUAUUGUAAUGAAUACUUAUUAGCAAAAAAGCGCAACACUUCGUAAUAAAUCAGUGCACAUUUUAUUUACAUUAUCUUCUCAGUUUUUAAUUUGUUUACCUUAGUACUUGUUUAUCUACUAAGCUGAUAAGUGGAUAGAUAACCUAGUUUUUUGUGUGUUGUUUUUUUUUGGCCUAAACAUUUCGAAACACUAAACAAACCUCGCUUUAAAAAACAGGUUUCUUAUUCGACCACUUGUUUUAAGUUGUGUCCGAGCUUUUACUUAAAAAAGAAAGCGAACCGAACAACUCGACGAGUCGCGAAGUUACCGCCCAAACUUUGUGCACGCGCACGACGGAGCGCGCCCUCGUCAGUGAUGGAUCCAUGAAGUUGUUACUACAAAAAUGGCUGAUUUCCUGCCCUCCCGGACGGCGAUAGUUUGUAUCCCCAGUUGUCUUUUGUCCAACAACGAAAUCGAGCAGCAGAGGAAAUCUAAAGAGAUAGACCGAUGUAUUAAUCGGGAGAAGACGUACGUGAAGCGGCUGGUGAAGAUAUUACUGCUCGGAGCAGGCGAGAGCGGCAAGUCAACUUUCCUGAAGCAAAUGCGCAUAAUUCACGGGCAGGACUUCGAUCAGGGGGCCAAAGAGGAGUUCCGGGCUACCAUCUACAGCAAUGUUAUCAAAGGAAUCCGAGUGCUGGUGGAUGCCAGGGAGAAGCUGCACAUCCCAUGGGGAGACUCCUCCAACCAGACACACGGGGAAGUCCUGAUGGGCUUUGACACACGCUCGGCCAUGAUGUCUCAGGGAAUUGUAGAGACCAAAGUCUUUCUGCAUUAUCUACCCUCCAUCCACACCCUGUGGGCUGACAGCGGCAUCCAGAGUGCCUACGACCGAAGAAGAGAGUUCCAGUUGGGUGAAUCAGUGAAAUAUUUCCUGGACAGUUUGGAUAGAAUUGGACAGCCGGAUUACCUACCAACACAACAGGACAUACUUCUGGCACGAAAGCCUACUAAGGGCAUCCAUGAGUAUGACUUUGAGAUCAAGAACGUUCCAUUCAAGAUGGUGGAUGUGGGCGGGCAGCGGUCAGAGCGUCGACGAUGGUUCGAGUGUUUCGACUGUGUCACUUCUGUGCUCUUCCUGGCGUCAUGUAGCGAGUUUGACCAGGUUCUUAUGGAGGACCGUGAGACCAACAGGCUCAUGGAGUCGCUCAACAUAUUCGACACCAUCGUCAACAACCGUGUGUUUUCUAAAGCAUCCAUCAUUCUUUUCCUCAAUAAGACAGACCUGCUGGAGGAGAAAGUAAAGACUGUGUCGAUCAUUGACUAUUUCCCCGAUUUCACCGGCGAGCCCCAUAAUUUGGCUGAUGUACAGAAGUUCCUGGUGGAGUGCUUCCGUGGUAAGCGGCGUGAGCAGCAGGUGAAACCCUUCUACCAUCAUUUUACCACGGCCAUUAACACCGAGAAUAUCCGCCUCGUCUUCCGAGAUGUCAAAGACACAAUCCUGCAUGAAAAUUUGAAGCAGCUUAUGUUACAAUGAGAGACAUGCCAUAAUGCUUAAGUUCAUUCCACUUUUAAUGAGGUUUUAAUUCUAGUGCAAGUGAUUUCAGUAAAGACCCUGAACAAAACACCUGUAUGCAGAUUGUUCCCCUCACAGAUAAGACUAAUGUUUCCCUUUUUUUUUUAAUUUUUUUUUUUUAAAUCCCAGUUUCAAUUUCCCUUUCAGUCCAUUUAGCUGAGUCACUUGGCUGUUUUACUGCUGUCAUUGCCACUCCACUUUAAAAGUUUUAUAGAAAACAUCCAGCAGAGGAUGGGAUUUGAACUCACGAUAUUCUGAUCAGAAGUCCAGUAUCUUAGCCACUGAGUUACCACUACUACUGUUAGACCCAUUUAUACGAAAUAUUUAAUUUCCCUAACCUUUGCUUACUUAAAAAAAUUAAUUUAAAAGAAUUUGUCCUUUGUGUAUUUCAGGUCUGGAGAUGCCUUAAAGCAAAGUGGUAAAUGUUAUUAGUCACACUCCAAGAUGCAUGAUAACUGCUGAGACUCAGGGGCUGUAAAUAUGCAUUCUAGACAAGUUAUUGGUGAGUGGCCUUCCAUGAUUGGGAUUAGACCCCUUUUCACCAUUUCAGGAUUCAGCAAGUCCUGUUAUAUCCCACUUAAAAAAAAAAACCACCAUAUCAGUGCACUCGGAUUAUGCAGAAAAUGUAGUGACCCUUUUCUUAAGGUACCUGUGUAUGUAGUACUAUUGUCUUUGUUCCUUAUUAAAAGGUAAAGACUCUUAAAUAAUAUUUUCUUUGUUAUACAGAAUUGAUAUUGUAUAGAUCCCUUGUGGGGUUUUUUUUUUGUUUUUGUUUUUUUAAUUAAACCAUUGUCUGAUGAUCUUUCACUUUCGCCUUACCAUUUAAAGUGAAGUGUAGCCAGCGUUGUGUAUGAAAACCUUCAUACGGUGGUUUAUUAUAAUUAAUGUUCCAACAAAAAAAGAUAACUGUGUACAUAUGAAUUCAAUGCAGAAGUUAAAUUGCCCUUAUGCCCUAGCUAAUGAUUAGGCUCAUGUGAGCAAUUUUCAGGGUUUGUGGUGUGUGGGGAUUUUUAUUUUCCUUUUCUUUUUUUCAUGAGGUAUAUUUUGCUUCCAACAUGGACUAAAACAUUCAGUUUUCUCCUCAAACUGAAAUACUCAAGACAACUUUGUGCACUAUGUAAUUAAUAUCUCAGGUGUAUUUCACAGUUUGUCUUGGUUCACUGACUGAUUCAGGCAGUGACAAAGAUGGUCUCAUAAGAAUGACCUUUACAUCUUAUGUUUGCUUCUGCCAAGUGACUUCAUAAGAGAAUUCUGGUCGUUUGUAGUGCGUAACCAGUUGUAUGCAUAUUUAAAUUAUGUUCUUUGCUCUAAGCCUAGUUUUAUUCACCAUCCUGUAAUCGGACUUGUGAUCUGAUAUUUCAUGAAAACUGGGAUCGGUGUUCAAGCUCACCAACAGAAUUUGCUUUAGUUCAGAUAUGAUCCUUGUACAGUAUCAAUUUAAUAAUUUUCAGUCUUUUUUGUAUAACUUUCUUUGGUCCAUUAAAUCAAACUAUUUUACAAAGAUA